AUGUCAGACCAGCCGAAGAUGAUUUACCUCCCAGACACCAUGGCUAAUUGGCCUUGGCCGAGAGCUAUCAACCCCCACCACGAGGAAGUCGAGGCUGAGUCAGACGCAUGGUUCGAAGGCUUCAAGCCAUUCACAAAGAGGUUGCAGCUUGCCCUUGAGACGUGCGAUCCUGAGCACCUGCGCACCGGCUGCGAUUUGAUGAACGUCUUCCUUAUCAUUGAGGAGUCGACUGAUGUCGAGAGCGCAUCCGUUGUCCAUGACAUAGUCGAUAUUGUCAUCGAUGCGAUCAACAAUCCGCAUAAGCCGCGCCCAGAGGGAGAGAGCCAUAUUGGUGAGAUUACGAGACAGUUCUGGGAGAGGGCAAUAAAGGCUGCCACACCCAGCUCGCAGAAGCAUUUUAUAGAAGCCUUCACCGACUAUCUCAACUCUGUGGUCGAACAGGCCGUCGAUCGCGACAACAACUACAUCCGCACCGUGGACAGCUACCUGAAGACACGGAGAGAGAAUAUCGGCGCGCGACCAUCGUACUUCCCAGCCGAGCUGGGGCUCAAUCUCCCGGAUGAGGCAUUCUAUCAUCCCGUUGUCACCGAGCUGUCAUACAACAUUGCCGACUUAAUCAUCCUAGACAACGCAAGCCCGAUUUUAUCCUCACACGACGAGGAUAUCGUAUCGUACAACAAAGAGCAGUCAACGGGAGACGACCGUCACAACAUCCUCACCAUCGUCAUGCACCAAUUCAACAUUGAUUUGGAGGCAGCAAUGGCAUGGGUGGCGAGCUACCACAAGGAUGUCGAGAACAAGUUCCUGGACGGGAUGAAGGAGUUGCCAUCAUUUGGACCCGUGGUCGACAAAGAGCUCGAGGAAUACAUCCUGGCUCUGGCGAUUUGGCCUCGCACGAAUGACUGCUGGGCUUUUGAGAGCGGACGCUACUUUGGGAGCAAGGGCCUACAGGUCCAGAAGACUCGCUACGUGCCUUUACUUCCGAAGGUGAAGACUGACCCGACGCUCAAACAAGAGCAGGCAGUGUCCGUAGUAGAUCUAUGA